AUGUUGGACGAGUCCAGACAUGAUCAAUCCGAGGAAACCCCCUUGCUAGGCCACAACCAGGCACUGGAGUCCGGCCGCUUCAGCCGCGCACGAUGGGUCCUCAUUAUCUUAAGCCUGGCCAUCAUCACAGUGAACUUUGGCUCUUAUCUGGCCAUGGCUCCGCAGAUACAAAUAUUCGAGUCAAUCAUCUGCCAAAAACUGCACCCCGAAAUCGCACUUCUCACCACCCAGGAGCAGAUCGACGUCACAUGCAAGGCCGCUGAUGUCCAGGGUGAGCUUGCGCUCGUCAAUGGCUGGAAAGAGACGCUCGAUACGCUGCCGGGGAUCUUUCUGGCUCUUCCCUUUGGUCUGAUGGCCGAUCAAGCGGGACGGAAGAAGGUGCUGAUGCUGAGUUUGAUUGGCCUGAUCAUGGAAGAGGUGACGGUGCGGAUUAUUGCAUGGUACAGCGCGUUUAUUCCCCUGCGGACGGUGUGGUUCAUGUCGUUAUUCCAGAUCUGCGGUGGUGGCUCCCAGAUUGCCACAUCUAUGAUUUUGACGAUGAUCACUGAUGUGUUUCCGGUGGAGAAACGGGCGAAUAUCUUCUUUAUCAUUGGUGCGUCAACGCAGGUGUCUGAGAUUGUCGCAAGCCCUCUGAGUGCCUGGCUCAUGUCCUGGACACCCUGGCUGCCGUACUGCCUGGGAGUACUUUUCAUGCUUUCUGGCCAGUGUGCUUCCAUAACUGUACCGGAGACGCUGCCCAAGUCGAGCAAACUGAGCGAGCCCGGCACUGAAGAUGAUGAGGCUGAUGAUGACGCUCCUCAGACGGUCUGUCAUCGUCUAAAGGCCGUCUUGCAUCACGCCAGGCAUCAGAUCAUGCAUCACAGCCGCUUCAUCUUCACUGAACGCAACAUUGUUUGUAUCUCCAUCGCCCUUCUGACGGCAAAUGUGGCUAUCCAGUCGCUUGUGAUGACGCUACAAUACGUCUCAAAGCGCUUCUCGUGGUCCAUGGCAGAGGCAAGCUUUCUCAUCUCCCUGAAAGGAAUAAUGACCCUGUCCGCCCUACUCCUCAUCCUCCCCGCCCUUUCCAAACUCCUGGACAGAUUCCUUCCCUCGAUACGCCGAGAUCUGCGCAUCUCCCUCGGCAGCGUCCUCACGAUCGCGGGCGGACACGCCAUCAUGGCACUCGCAGCCAGCCCUACAGCCUUCGCUGUGGGUCUAUCGAUCUCCUCGCUGGGAGCGGGUUUCGUCCCCGCUCUACGCAGCGUUGCUACGGCAUUGGUGGACGAGGCCAAGAUAGGCCUUUUGGGGACGACAAUUGCCCUGACCCAGAGUAUUGGUGCAAUCAUCGCGGGGCCGAUGCUGGCAGGAACGUUCAACAAAUCGGGAAUGUUGACACCGAUGUGGAUGGAUCGCCAGUCGAACCCACAACUACUUAUGAGCCCCACGCAACCACAAGGUUCUCGGAUCUCGCUCGGUACCGACUAUCGUCACUCCGAAACAUCGCACACUGAGAUCCGGCCAUGUCACGGAGCUUCGGUCCCGGACGUGGUCGCUAUCGGUGAUGAACGAGAACCUUUGGCGAAGUGGAAGGAACGGUGUGGCAUUAAGCCAGAGAAUCUGAUCAGAUUGGUGAAGUUGGCGCAUAUGCGCUACCAGCAUCCUGAUCUUGAUGCGAUUACUGUCUUCCUCCAAGAUUUUGGUAUGAAAGUCGUCAAAAGGACAGAUGAGGAAGUAUGGUACCGAGGUUACGGGACGGAUCAGUAUGUUUACUAUGCUCGCAGAGGGCCCAAGAAACAGUUUCUCGGAGGGACGUUUGAGGUGGAGUCGUACCACGAUCUGGAAAGGGCUGCCAAUCUGCCCACAGGCAGCGCUAUCCAAGAAUUAAAAGACGCACCCGGAGGCGGCUUCAUGGUCACCGUUAAAGAUCCAGAAGGUUUCCCAAUCAAUCUCGUCUACGGUCAGUCACCAGCAGCACCAGGUGAAUAUCCUCCCAAGCUCGUCGUCAACUACGAGUCAGACAAGCCUCGCGUCCGCCACUUUCAGCGCUUCGUUCCCGGCCCUGCAGCCGUCCACAAGCUGGGUCACUUCGGCCUCUGCGUCCAAAACUUCCAGGAAAUGGUUACCUUUUACACAACAACCUUCAACCUUGUACCGAGUGACUUCCUCUACGUUGAGAAAGACGGCAACAAGAAGAACGUUGCUCUCUUCGCGCACAUCGAUCGCGGCGCGGACUAUGUCGACCACCACAGCUUCUUCAUGAGCACGAAUCCCACCUCGCAUGUACACCAUUGCUCGUUUGAAGUGCAUGACUUUGAUACGCAGAACCUGGGGCAUCAGUGGCUGGCAAAGAAGGGGUAUGAGUCUGUUUGGGGCGUGGGACGACACAUCCUCGGGUCGCAGUUAUUUGAUUACUGGUGGGAUACCACCGGGAAUAUGAUUGAGCAUUAUGCGGAUGGGGAUUUGGUGAAUGAGGAGACGCCGGUUGGGUAUGGGCCUGCGGGCGAUGAGUCGUUGGCUGUUUGGGGUCCGGAGGUUCCCAAGUGGUUUUUAGACUAG